AUGUAUGCAGCGGUGGAACAUGGGCCUGUUCUCUGCAGCGAUUCCAACAUCCUCUGCCUCUCCUGGAAAGGUAGAGUUCCCAAAAGUGAGAAGGAGAAACCAGUGUGCAGGAGGCGGUACUAUGAAGAAGGCUGGCUGGCAACAGGCAAUGGCAGGGGAGUUGUCGGAGUGACUUUCACCUCCAGUCAUUGUCGGAGAGACCGGAACACCCCUCAGAGGAUCAACUUCAACCUGAGGGGACACAACAGCGAGGUUGUACUGGUGAGAUGGAAUGAACCAUUCCAGAAACUGGCAACCUGCGAUGCAGAUGGAGGAAUUUUUGUUUGGAUUCAAUAUGAAGGCAGAUGGUCUGUGGAGCUUGUGAAUGAUCGCGGGGCACAGGUGAGCGACUUUACAUGGAGCCAUGAUGGGACUCAAGCACUCAUCUCCUAUAGGGAUGGAUUUGUGCUGGUUGGUUCAGUCAGUGGACAGAGACAUUGGUCUUCGGAGAUUAACUUGGAGAGUCAGAUCACCUGUGGCAUAUGGACUCCUGAUGAUCAGCAGGUACUGUUUGGCACUGCUGAUGGUCAGGUUAUCGUCAUGGACUGCCAUGGCCGAAUGCUGGCACAUGUUCUCCUUCACGAGUCAGAUGGCAUCCUCAGUAUGUCUUGGAACUACCCCAGCUUCCUGGUGGAGGACAGCAGUGAAAGUGACACAGAUUCUGAUGACUACUCCCCACCGCAAGAUGGUCCAGCUGCAUAUCCGGUCCCGGUGCAGAACACCAAACCACUACUCACUGUCAGCUUCACAUCAGGAGACAUUAGUUUAAUGAACAACUAUGAUGACUUGUCUCCUACUAUCAUCCGCUCAGGGUUGAAAGAUGUAGUGGUGCAGUGGUGUACACAGGGAGACCUGUUGGCUGUAGCAGGCAUGGAAAAGCAAAGUCAGCUAGCUGACCUUGGUAGCAGUUCCAUUCUGAAAAGUGCGCUCGUCAAGUUCUACAAUGUCCGUGGGGAACAUAUCUACACGCUGGAGACUCCUGUGCAGCGUCCCAUAAUCUCCAUUUGCUGGGGCCACAGGGACUCACGCCUGCUCAUGGCUUCCGGCCCUGCACUCUAUGUUGUCAGAGUAGAGCACAGGGUCUCCAGCCUGCAGCUCCUAUGCCAGCAGACCAUCGCUAGCUCUCUGCGGGAUGACAAGGAUAUCAGCAAACUGACUCUGCCUCCUCGGCUCUGCUCAUACCUCACCACUGCCUUUAUACCAACAAUCAAGCCUCCUAUCCCAGACCCCAACAAUAUGAGAGAUUUUGUCAGCUAUCCAACAGCUGGCAAUGAAAGGCUUCACUGCACGAUGAAGCGGACAGAAGAUGAUCCGGAGGUCGGAGGUCCAUGCUACACGCUGUACUUGGAAUACCUAGGGGGACUGGUACCUAUCCUAAAAGGGCGCCGAAUCAGCAAACUGCGGCCAGAAUUUGUCAUCAUGGAUCCUAAAACCGAUGGAAAAGCAGAUGAAAUCUAUGGAAACAGCUUGAUUUCCACUGUGAUUGACAGCUGCAACUGCUCAGAUUCCAGUGAUAUUGAACUGAGCGAUGACUGGGCUGCGAAGAAAUCUCCCAAAAUCACUCGAGCUAGCAAAUCACCCAAACUCCCCAGAAUUAAUAUAGAUGCCCGCAAAUCUCCAAAGUUGUCGCGAGCUGCUCAGGAGAUAUCAAGAUCUCCAAGGUUACCAAUAAGGAAACCUUCUAUUGGUUCACCAAGCCUAACUCGACGAGAGUUUCCAUUGGAAGAUAUCACUCAGCACAACUACCUUGCUCAGGUCACGUCUAAUAUCUGGGGAACCAAAUUUAAGAUUGUGGGUUUGGCUGCUUUCCUACCAACUAACCUUGGUGCAGUGAUUUAUAAAACCAGCUUGCUGCAUCUCCAGCCCAGACAGAUGACUAUUUAUCUCCCUGAAGUGCGUAAGAUUUCCAUGGACUACAUUAACCUGCCUGUCUUCAACCCCAAUGUUUUCAGUGAAGAUGAAGAUGAUUUACCAGUAACUGGAGCAUCUGGAGUCCCUGAGAACAACCCCCCCUGCACCGUCAAUAUCCCUAUUGCUCCUAUUCACAGCUCAGCACAAGCUAUGUCACCGACUCAGAGCAUAGGACUGGUCCAGUCCUUGUUAGCCAAUCAGAACGUGCAGUUGGAUGUCUUGACCAAUCAGACGACAGCAGUGGGGACAACAGAGCACGCGGGUGAUAGUGCAGUGCAGUACCCAGUCUCAAGCAGGUACUCCAAUCCAGGACAGGUGAUUUUUGGAGGAGUGGAAAUGGGGCGCAUCAUCCAGGCACCGCCUCAGUUAUCCCUGCAACCGCAGGGUGCAAUACAGAUGGCGAUAAUGGAUCACAGAGACGGAGACAGAGACCACGAACAUCACCAAAAGGCAAAAACUUUACGGACAGUGCAGCAGCUGGCAGAAGGGGACGCUGUUGUCUUCAGCACUGCACAAGAAAUACAACUGAACAAAAUGAACCCGCCCCCUCCUUACCCUGGAACCAUACCAGCCGCUCCCACUGCACCACCGCCUCCCCCGCCUGUCCCGACCCAGCCACCUAUGGAUCUCUGUCUGAAAAAGGGAGACUUUUCUCUUUAUCCAGCAGGACAUUAUCAGACCCCUCUUGGCUACGAGCGAAUAACGACCUUUGAUAGCAGUGGGAAUGUUGAAGAGGUAUGCCGGCCUCGAACGAGGAUGCUGAAUACUUAUACCCUGCCAGGUCCCGGCAGCUCUGCCACUUUAAGGAUUACAGCAACAGAGAAGAAAAUCCAGCAGCCCUGUUCCAGUGCUACCCUGAACAGGCUGACAGUUCCUCGUUAUUCUAUACCGACUGGGGAUCCACCACCUUACCCAGAAAUUGCCAGCCAGCUGUCACAGGGCCGUAGCAUCACACAGAGGCUGGACAGUAGUAUUAUCCAUGCUACUCUGCGGAGGAACAGCAGAGAGGCAGCUCUGAAAAUGGCUCAGUUGGUCGACAGCCAAAGAGCCACUUUACAACAUCCAUCAAAACCUAAGAGCAAUGUUGUGACAGCACAGUACCAGCAGAGGGCACCGACAGCUUUAUACACCUGUAGUCAAUGCAGCAGCAGCAGUAACAGCAACACGAGUAGCAGCGGUGGUGGGAACAUCAGUAAUGCCAAUGCUAGUAACAGCACUUCCAGUAUUAGCAGUAUGAGGCCUGACGUAACCACUGGGAGCAGUUCCCAACACAGUUCUGUCAUUGCUCACUCAGUCAGUACUUCGCCCUUGGCCUCCCAGUCCUCAUACAAUUUGCUGAGCCCACCCGAUAACUCUCGUGAUCGGACAGAUUAUAUCAACUCUGCCUUCACAGAGGAUGAGGCACUUUCUCAGCACUGUCCAGUGGAGAAAUCGAUAAGGCACAUGCCUGUAGCCUUGACAGAGGCUGCCGUUGGUGUGAAGCGGCCACCCCCGUACCAGUGGGACCCUAUGGUGAGUGAGGAGAUAUGGAUUCCUCAGGAAAGGACAGCUCAAAGUUCAGUGCCCAACCCUCUCAAACCUGCUCCUCUAAUUGGUCAAGCUCAGCAUCUUGAUAUGUCUCGAGUGCCAUUUGUUUCCCCCAAAUCUCCAACCAGUCCCACUGCCACUUUCCAGAUGAGUUAUGGGGUUGGAGUACCUUAUCCAGGAAGCUACAGUGUCCCUCCUCUCCAGGGAAUGCAGGCUCCCUGUUCCCCCAAAGAAGCUCUGGCCCCAACACAGUUUGCACAACAAGAGCCAACUGUAGUACUUCAGUCAGGUUAUCCAUCUAACCUCUCCUAUUGCCCUUUGCCACCCAUGUAUCCAGGAAGUAGCACUUGCUCUAGUUUACAGCUGCCACCAAUAGCCUUGCACCCAUGGAAUUCCUACAGUGCAUGCCCGCCUGUACAGAAUUCCCAAGGCACUUUGCCCCCCAAGCCACUUCUAGUGGUGGAGAAGCCAGUUAUGUCUCCGCCGCCAGCAGAGCUUCAGGGUCAUGUGGGCACAGAAGUAAUGGUGGAGACAGCAGACACCUUCCAGGAGGUUCUCUCCCUCACAGAAAGUCCCAUUCCUCAACGGACAGACAAGUUUGGGAAGAAGAACCGGAAGCGCCUGGAUAGUCGAGCUGAGGAAGGAAAUGUGCAGGCUAUCACAGAGGGCAAGGUCAAAAAGGAGGCAAGGACACUGACUGACUUCAACUCCCUAAUAUCCAGCCCUAGGCUAGGAAGAGAGAAGAAGAAAGUCAAGAGCCAGAAGGACCAGCUGAAGUCAAAGAAGCUGAACAAGACGAAUGAGUUUCAGGACAGUUCAGAGAGUGAGCCAGAGCUUUUUAUCAGUGGGGAUGAACUGAUGAACCAGAGCCAAGGCAGCAAAAAGGGAUGGAAAACCAAAAGGAAUUUGAGGACAGCCAGUGAGCUGGAUGAGUUCAAGUGCCGGAAGGCCAACGAAAAGGAGGAUGGGAGGCUGGGAAGCCAGGGCUUUGUGUAUGUGAUGGCCAACAAGCAGCCCUUGUGGAACGAGGCAACACAAGUGUAUCAGCUGGACUUUGGAGGACGGGUGACCCAGGAGUCUGCAAAAAACUUUCAGAUUGAGCUGGAAGGACGACAGGUAAUGCAGUUUGGAAGGAUUGACGGCAAUGCUUACAUUUUGGACUUUCAAUAUCCGUUUUCUGCAGUGCAGGCCUUUGCAGUUGCUCUGGCUAACGUGACUCAACGCCUCAAAUGA